AUGACCUUUUACUCCUCGGCGCCGCCGCUCAGGGACUUUAGCGAGGCCAAGCCCACGCUGCUUGUGGCCUGGUGGACGACGCUGUUCUGCACCUGUCUGAUCCUGCUUCGUCUGGCAGGGCGGUACAUCCGCGUCGAGAAACUCUUUGUCGAGGACAAGAUCGCUGCCGGCGCCCUACUGCCACUAUACCUGCGAAUUGCAUGCGUGCACGUCGUCCUGUUGUACGGCACCAACAAUGCACAGCUUGAAGGGAGCGGGCUAUCGCCCGUGGAGCUCGACAAGAGGGUGACGGGAAGCCGGGUGGUGCUGGCGUCGCGAGUAUUUUACGCAGCAACACUAUGGACUCUCAAGUUCACAACGCUCGAGUUCCUAGGCCGCCUCGCUGGCGCGUCCAUGAAGAAGCUCUAUCAGCGCCUCAUCAUCGCCCUUCGCGUCGUUCUCGUCACUACUUUUGUCGCUGUCGUGGUCAGCGACCUGGCCGAGUGCCAGCCGUUCGCCAACUACUGGCAAGUCGUGCCAGAUCCCGGGCCAAAAUGCCGCCAGGGCUUCUCUCAGCUUCUUACAAUGGGCGUCUCGAGUGCCAUCCUCGACGCCAUCCUCGUCAUUUUCCCCGUUCCGAUCAUCAUUUCGACACGCAUCGCGACCAAACGCAAGGUCCUACUCGUCAUGCUCUUUUGUUUCGGCUUUCUUACUGUCGGCAUUACCGCCUACCGGCUUCCCGCAAUCAUCGAUCAGAAAGGCGACCAGAUCGUCCGUUCCAUGUGGGCUUCCAUCGAGCUCCUCGCCGCCACCACAGUUGCCAAUCUUGUGGCACUCGGGUCGUUCCUGCGUGACAGCGGCGUGCGGAAGACCAAAUUCCGACCCGACUAUCACAGCAGCGGCACGGCGUCGCGGUCGCGGCAAAAAGGUCAGCCUGUGGUCAGCGACUGGUAUGAGACGGAGGCGGCGAGGCACAAGAAGGCCGACAGCGAUGACUGGAUCGACGAGGAGCGCUCCAAUACGACCGCCGACGUCAACGGUGACGCCCAGGCUCGCCAACGCACCGAGGGCAGGGGUGGUGGUGCCAGCCCAACAGAUAGCCAUGACUCGCUGAUCCGGCAGGGGAGCCACGGCAUGUUCUCGCGAGGGCCCGUGGCGGGAGAGCCCAGGCCUCCCAGCCCGGUUGUGACGGCAGGGCCACGCAGAUAG